UGUAUAUUAUUAUAUAUUAGUCUUUCUCCACAUCACGUGAGUCCAAUUUUUUUCUCUCUUUUAAUCCGUUCUGUCUCCAUUAAUGUCUCUGAUCUCCAUGAAUAUAAUAAUAUUGCACGUCGAGGAAGAAAAAUGGUCAACUGUACCACUGGUUUUGGUUUGGUCCAAUUUUGAGGGUGAGCCGUUUCCAAGAAUGCCUUAAGCAACCUUCCUGGCGUGCUUGAAAUUCAAAUUCUAUUCUCAUCUAUCCAGAAGUUAUAUAUAAACCCUUCUUUAAUUCCGUUUCCAUAAAAAGGAUCGCUUUCAUUAUAAUUCUGUCAAUCAAAAUCAAUCUUUUAAGACCACCAAUCAUGGAGCUGCCACCAUUGAAACGACGAGUCUUAGCAGAGAAAACAAGAUCAAGAAAAACAAGAAGAGUAUGGAAGUUAAAGCUUAAUAUAACAUGGCAAGCUAUCAAGAAAGCAUUUACAAGCAAGAACCGUCUUCUUCGAUUAAGUUGUGUACAGCUUUCCACGAUUAAUAUCCAUCAAGAUGCCAAAAAAAGGAAAAAUUCUAGCAAACCCCAUAAAACCUUGGCAAACCUUCUUCAUGUACCUUAUACAGCAUCUGAUUUUAUUGAUAGAGGAGAUCAAAUGACACCUACACUAUCUCCGAAAGAGAAUGUAUCAGCAAAAUGGCGCGAGAUCCAUGGUUCUUGCAACUGGGAGAAUCUUCUAGAUCCUCUUGACCCAUGUCUUAGACGAGAAAUUCUCAAAUAUGGAGAAUUUGCUACUGCAACUUAUGAUGCUUUCGAUUUCGAUCCUUUAUCGGAGUAUUGUGGAAGUUGUAGAUAUAACCGGCACAAGAUUUUUGAAGAAUUAGGGCUUAAUAAGCAUAAUUAUAAUGUGACUAAGUACAUUUAUGCAAUGUCACAUGUAGAUGUGCCUGAAUGGUUUGUUAGGGCACAUAGUAUAUGGAGCAAAGAUUCUAAUUGGAUGGGAUACGUUGCUGUUAGCAAUGAUCAAGAAUCCAAAAGACUUGGCCGGAGAGACAUAGUCGUGGCAUGGCGGGGCACGGUGGCGCCAACCGAGUGGUUUACCGACUUAAAGACUAAACUAGAAGAAAUAGAUGAAGAAAAUGAAAAAAUUAAGGUACAAUAUGGUUUUUAUAGCAUAUAUAAAUCUAAAAGUGAGUUCACUAGGUAUAAUAAGUUGAGCGCAUCAGAGCAAGUUAUGCAAGAAAUAAGAAAGUUAGUUAAUUGUUAUAGAGAAAAUGGUGAAGAAGUUAGUUUGACAGUUACUGGUCAUAGUUUAGGAGGGGCAUUAGCCGUUCUUAAUGCUUAUGAGGCAGCAAAUUCAAUUCCUAAUCUUUUUGUUAGUGUUAUUUCUUUUGGUGCACCUAGAGUUGGGAAUUUAGCAUUUAAAGAGAAACUUAAUGAAUUAGGGGUUAAGACCCUUAGGGUGGUUGUUAAACAAGAUAUAGUACCUAAAGUUCCUGGGAUUAUAGUGAAUAAAAUUCUAAGGAAGAUUAAUACAAUCACUCAAAGAUUGAAUUGGGUUUAUAGGCAUGUGGGAACACAGUUGAAGCUUGAUAUGUUCAUGUCACCCUAUUUGAAGCAUGUAUCUGAUUUUUCAGGGUCUCAUAAUUUGGAAGUUUACCUCCAUUUAUUAGAUGGGUUUUUGGGAAAGAAAUUGCAGUUCAGAUGGCAUGCAAGGAGAGAUUUGGCUUUGGUGAAUAAGAGCAGUGAUAUGUUGAUAGAAGAGCUAAAGAUACCUGAGUUUUGGUAUCAGUUGCCACAUAAAGGGCUUGUUUUGAACAAAUAUGGCAGAUGGGUUAAGCCAACUAGAGAACCUGAAGAUAUUCCUUCACCAUUUAGUACUGAAUUAUCGAAUCAUGAGCUAACAUUUUAGAUUUGUUGUUUGUGUUGUCUGUUAUUAUUAUAUUUCUUUUCCUUUUUUCUGAUUUGUAAAGGGUAGUAGCCUAAUGAUUGAGUUUCUGUCCUGCAAAAUGCAGUAAGUUUUGAGAAUUUGUAAUGUACCAACACAAAAAGGCUCUUCUAGUGCAAAUAAAAUUCUUGCAUCAAAUUUAACUAUGCUAUAACAUUAAAAACAGGAUCGCUUUACAUAACAUCCAAACAAAAACUACCAAAAAACCAAACAAAAAAGAGAAUAAGGAAA